AAUCAGAGACGUCGCGGAGCCCGGCGGACUACAUUGCCCAGUAACCUCCUGGGCUCCGCUGUGUUUUCCUAUUCUGGGGUGCAGGGGGCAGCUGAACCACUCCAGCCUGGGACUGCUAGGAAGGUUGCGGGUCCGCCCGGCCGAGCCGAACGAGGGAAAUGGUCCUCACCCGGCCACUCGCCGGUUGAAAAGGGGCCGCCCUGGCAGGGAAGCGGCAGCCGCGGCGCGGUGCAGCGGCGAGAAGGGGUGCGUUUUCGCCUUGCCCUGCUGCUGAAUGUCCGUCCCGGAGGAGGAGAGGCUUUUGCCGCUGACCCAGAGAUGGCCCCGAGCGAGCAAGUUCCUACUGUCCGGCUGCGCGGCCACCGUGGCCGAGCUAGCAACCUUUCCCCUGGAUCUCACAAAAACUCGACUCCAAAUGCAAGGAGAAGCAGCUCUUGCUCGGUUGGGAGACGGUGCAAGAGAAUCUGCCCCCUAUAGGGGAAUGGUGCGCACAGCCCUAGGGAUCAUUCAAGAGGAGGGCUUUCUAAAGCUUUGGCAAGGAGUGACACCGGCCAUUUACAGACACGUAGUGUACUCCGGAGGUCGAAUGGUCACAUAUGAACAUCUCCGAGAGGUUGUGUUUGGCAAGAGUGAAGAUGAGCAUUAUCCCCUUUGGAAAUCAGUCAUUGGAGGGAUGAUGGCUGGUGUUAUUGGCCAGUUUUUAGCCAAUCCAACUGACCUAGUGAAGGUUCAGAUGCAAAUGGAAGGAAAAAGGAAACUGGAAGGAAAACCAUUGCGAUUUCGUGGUGUACAUCAUGCAUUUGCAAAAAUCUUAGCUGAAGGAGGAAUACGUGGGCUGUGGGCAGGCUGGGUACCCAAUAUACAAAGAGCAGCGCUGGUGAAUAUGGGAGAUUUAACCACUUACGAUACAGUGAAACACUACUUGGUAUUGAAUACACCACUUGAGGACAAUAUCAUGACUCAUGGUUUAUCAAGUUUAUGUUCUGGACUGGUAGCUUCUAUUCUGGGAACACCAGCUGAUGUCAUCAAAAGCAGAAUAAUGAAUCAACCACGAGAUAAACAAGGAAGGGGACUUCUGUAUAAAUCAUCAACUGACUGCUUGAUUCAGGCAGUUCAAGGUGAAGGAUUCAUGAGUCUAUAUAAAGGCUUUUUACCAUCUUGGCUGAGAAUGGCUGCUGUGAUUGUCAACAGCAGCAGGAGCCACUUCAAGGUUUGAUAAAAGCAGAUGAAGAUGCUUAAAGAUGUCUGUUUGCUGAAAAUAUCUGGUAACAGACAGGAAUAUAUCUCAACCACAGAACACCUACACUCUGAAAGCCUUUACUGUUGGAUCUAAAUGUGUUGUGUGGUCAAGUCUAAGAAACACAUGGUCUAAAUGUGAGAUUUUAGAAACAGCUGAAGAAGGAACAAGGGUUUUGAACCUUUCAAAUGGUAUGGAGGAGAUAGUGAACCCUGAGAAUGUCUGGAAUGGCAUACCCAAAUCGGAUAAGCGUCCACCUGAGAAAAGGGGUUUGGAGGUGAUGGAGAUUUAAUUGUGGAUCUAUAGCUGUGGCCAAUCAGUCAGAAGCUGCCCUCGAACAAGUGGCAUCUUACCCAGACCGACAGAAUAUUUGAGAAAAUUGAAAACAUGUAACCACAGGAAGUUGUUAUUUUCAAAAACUUUUAUAUAGGUGGAAAACAAAAUAGGUCUCAGGUUGACAGUGGAGUGUAUUUAUAGUGACACUGUUGUAUAUACGGAUCUGGGAUCUUUCCUCUUUAUUGUCUUAUGUUUCUAAUUAGUUGGAAGGAUUUAUUUUGCUAAACAGUUCACUAACACAUUACAUUUCAAAAAACUAUUUUGGUACCUUUCAAAUACAGUGUUUACAUUAAAAUAGAAAAAUAAAGCCUCAUGACAAGUACAUUAUUUGAUUCUACUUAGGAUAGCUUUUUAGCAGGAUCUCCUUCAGAAUUUUUGUCUUGAUUUUGAAUCUUUGCCUGUUUGUCUAAACAUUUGACUAACAUUCUGUUUGAAUUUGGAAGUAUUCUAAUACAAGAUUUGAAUAAAGUUUAUCCUUAAAUAAAGUUUAUCCUUAAUAUGAUGGUCUCAGUUUAUUAAAAAGGAAAUAGAACUCUUAAAUAUACUUGGUUCCAUCUCUCCUCUAUAAUGGAGGAUUGGGGAAAGCAGAGUAAUAUUAAAUGUUAGUUCUUAUGUAUUAGUCACUUAGCUUGUACUUUAAAUGCAUUUUUUCACUUUAAUCAUCAACUUUGAAGUGCAUAUCAAUAUUAUCCAUAUUUUAUAGGUGAGAAAAUUGAAGCUUCAUAGAGAGGUUAAAUUACUUGCCUAAGGUCAGAUAGCUAAUGAGUCUCAGAGGCUUGAUCAAGCCCAGACCUACCUAACUUUAAAGCCCAUGACUUUUUAAACAUGAUUUUGCAAAGUAUAGAUCUUAGCUUUUGGAAACAGAUCUUAGCUGUAUGCUGCUUAACAGAUAUGUGACAUAGGCAAAUUAUGUAAUAUUUUGAGAUUUGAUCUUCUUCAUCUGUAAAGUGGUGAUGAUAAAACCUUUCUUGCAGUGUUUUUUAAGAUUAGAAAUAAUUUAUAUAAAGUCCCUGAAAAGGUGUAGGCAUUUGGUAAUUGUUUCUUUUCCCUGAAAAAUACUCAGUGUGUACUAUGUUAGGUUAUUUCUUUUUAACCUUAACUUAUUAGAUAUUUUCAAUAGUUAUUUUCUCCUUUCAGCAUCAGCAUGCACCACCAACAAAAGAGAUUGUAAGAAAAAAAAAAGUGUUGAAUGGCACAUCCAUACAGUUGGAAUGUUUAUUUCUAAAAUAAAUGGGGAAAAAAGGUUUGCUAAAUGAGACUGGGGUAAAGGUGUAUCUCUGUGAAGCAUUAUCAGACUCUGAAGCCUAAUGGAAAUAGAAUUAUGAACCUUAAAAACCAGGUAUAAUUUCAGUAAGUAGAAGGGAGAGAGGUUUGCAUUAAAAGUAAUUGAGGUAGAUGGGUAUAUUACUCCUGGAAUAAUGAAUAAACAAGUUUGGCUUACUCGUAUAGACAAUAUAAUGUGAAUUGUCAGGAGCAAAGCUCAGAGAAGAUGUGUUAGGGUCAGAUUAUAGGAAGCCUUCAGUUUCAAGCUGAGUUUAACUCCCUAUUUUAAAACAUUGAAUGGCUACAGAGGUAAAAUUUCUCAGAAUUAGUGACUUUGCACCUGACGCUACUAAGAUAGGACUAGGGUACCAAAUGAGUGGUAAAAACUUUUAUAUCCCUUGGGAAAUAAAAUCAUUUUCCAUGAUUCCCAUAUUUAUAAGUGUAUAAAUUCUUAAGCUAUAUUUUUACCUCCAUUUAAUUGUGUUACUCUGUUUUACUACUACAUAUAGAAUUGAAAACAUAAAAUUAAUUGGAAUAUGAAGAAGCUAAAUGUAAUUCUGAAUGUUUUAUUAUCCUUCACAGCCUUUGUGUGAGUACUAAUGUAUUUUAACUGGAAUCCCUGCUAUAUGCUGUAAUACCUAUGGAACCUUUCUUUAGUAAGUAGAAUGCCUUAAAGAAUUAAAGAAAAUGCCAAAAAUUACCAAUUUUCUCUAAUCCACUGCCUUUGCCUCAUCUCUAAUAUUCUUAACCCUUCUCCACUCCUCAUUUAAUCAUCAUUUGAAUUUGUGUAGUACCACCAAUCCUGUGCUAAAACAAUGGGCUUUUGCUUGUUCUAAUUUUUCUUACCAUGACCAAAAGUCAAAGAAAAGUGCUGCCAAAUUCUACCUAGAAUAUCGUGUUGCUAAAAUUAAACUCUACCACCCAUAGUAGAUAAUAAAAAGCAAGAAAUUCUGUUUUUACUGUAUGUUUAGAGGGUCUUGUAUCAUUGCAACAGGUUUUCACUGGCAUUUUGCCUGUUUUAAUCUACUUGUCUGUCAAAGUAAUGUAAAAGCAUGUUUUAACUUCGACACUAAAAAGGAAACAUCUUUGUAAAAUUAAAAUUUAGGCUGAUAUGAA